AUGACUGGGGGACAGUCUUGCAGUAGUAACAUGAUUGUCUGGAUACCAGAUGAGAGGGAAGUUUUCAUAAAAGGAGAGCUGAUGAGCACCGAUAUCAGCAAGAAUAAAUUCACAGGACAAGAAGAACAAAUAGGAAUUGUUCGCCCGUUGGAUUCAACAGAGGCCACUAAUCUAGUGCAGGUGCGAAUAUCCGAUGUAUUCCCGGUCAAUCCAUCAACUUUUGACAAAGUAGAGAAUAUGUCUGAAUUGACUCACCUGAAUGAGCCCUCUGUACUUUAUAACUUGGAGAAAAGAUACAAUUGUGAUCUGAUUUACACAUAUUCCGGUUUAUUUUUGGUAGCGAUUAACCCUUAUCACAAUUUGAAUUUAUAUUCCGAGGACCAUAUAAGCUUGUACCACAAUAAGCAUAACAGGUCAUCCAAAAGUGGCUUAAAUGAAGGUGCCCAUGAAAAAUUACCACCACAUAUUUUCGCAAUUGCGGAGGAAGCUUAUGAGAAUCUUUUAUCUGAGGGUAAAGAUCAAUCCAUUUUAGUCACUGGUGAAUCCGGCGCAGGCAAGACGGAAAACACGAAGAAGAUCUUGCAAUAUCUAGCAUCCAUAACUUCCGGUACUUCCUCCAACGUAGUGUCUGCUAAUGGCAGUUCCAUUGUAGAAAGCUUCGAAAUGAAAAUUCUACAAAGUAACCCUAUUUUAGAAUCCUUUGGUAAUGCACAAACAGUACGAAAUAACAACUCUUCCAGAUUUGGUAAAUUCAUAAAGAUAGAAUUUAAUGAACAUGGCAUGAUCAAUGGUGCACAUAUCGAGUGGUACCUUUUGGAAAAAUCAAGAAUUGUUCAUCAAAAUUCGAAGGAAAGAAACUAUCAUAUCUUUUAUCAACUAUUAUCCGGAUUAGACGAUUCUGAAUUGAAAAACCUAUGUCUUAAAUCCAGAAACAUAAAAGAUUACAAAAUUUUGUCCAACUCUAACCAGGACCUUAUACCAGGAAUCAACGACGUAGAGAAUUUUAAAGCAUUGCUCUCGGCGUUGAAUAUCAUUGGAUUUUCAAAAGAGCAAGUAAAAUGGAUAUUCCAAGUAGUGGCCAUUAUUUUAUUGAUUGGUAACAUUGAAUUUGUCUCAGAUAGAGCAGAACAAGCAUCCUUUAAAAAUGAUGUUAGCGCAAUUUGUAGCAAUUUAGGCGUGAAUGAGAAAGAUUUUCAAACUGCAAUUUUAAGGCCUAGGUCGAAAGCUGGAAAAGAAUGGGUUUCACAAUCCAAAAACUCUCAACAAGCUAAAUUCAUCCUGAAUGCAUUAUCAAGAAAUCUCUAUGAGCGACUGUUCGGAUUUAUUGUAGAUAUGAUCAAUAAAAACUUAGAUCACGGUGGUGCAACUUUGAACUAUAUCGGAUUAUUGGAUAUUGCUGGAUUCGAAAUAUUUGAAAAUAACUCCUUUGAACAAUUAUGCAUCAAUUAUACAAACGAAAAACUACAACAGUUCUUCAAUAAUCAUAUGUUUGUUUUAGAACAGAGUGAAUAUUUGAAGGAAAAUAUUCAGUGGGAUUAUAUAGAUUACGGUAAAGAUUUGCAGCUGACAAUCGAUUUGAUCGAAAACAAGGGACCGCCGACCGGUGUACUACCGUUAUUAGACGAGGAAGCCGUUUUGCCCAAAUCCACCGACGAGUCUUUCUACUCUAAGCUGAUCUCAACCUGGGACCAAAAUUCUUCCAAGUUCAAACGUUCAAAAUUAAGAAAUGGAUUCAUUUUGAAACACUAUGCUGGGGAUGUAGAAUACACUGUUGAAGGAUGGCUAUCCAAAAACAAAGAUCCUCUAAACGAUAAUCUUUUAUCGUUGUUGUCUGCUUCACAAAACGAUAUUAUUUCAAAACUAUUCCAGCUGGAGGGCGAAAAAUCGUCUAGUGCCGGUGCUGAAGCCAAUAUCUCCACCCAAGAAGUUAAAAAAUCAGCUAGGACAAGUACCUUUAAGACUACUUCAUCACGCCAUAGAGAACAACAGAUAACAUUACUAAAUCAAUUAGCUUCCACCCACCCACAUUUUGUUCGUUGUAUAAUCCCAAACAAUGUGAAAAAAGCGAAAACAUUCAACAGAAAGUUAAUCUUAGAUCAGUUACGUUGCAAUGGUGUACUAGAGGGUAUCAGACUUGCCAGAGAAGGUUACCCAAAUAGAAUAGCAUUCCAAGAGUUUUUUCAGCGGUAUAGAAUACUGUAUCCUGAAAAUUCAGUCUCUACAUCUCUCACUUCUAAAUCGAAGACCAAUACCAAACAAAACUGCGAGUUUCUUCUAACAUCUUUGCAAUUGGAUACAAAAGUUUAUAAAAUUGGUAACACAAAGCUGUUUUUCAAAGCUGGUGUAUUAGCUGAUUUGGAAAAACAGAAAGAUGUUACGCUGAACAAUAUAAUGAUUAAACUAACAGCGGCUAUACGAGGCUGCACUAUAAGGAAAGAAGUAACAUCUCACUUACAAAAAUUAAGGAAUACAAGGGUGAUUGGUAAUACUUUCAGGCUAUAUAAUCAACUGGUGAAGGAAGAUCCUUGGUUUAGUUUAUUUAUUAGGAUCAAACCACUUUUGAUAUCAUCAAAUGAUAUGACAAGAACCAAAAAAUACAACGAGCAAAUUAAUAAACUAAAAAAUGACCUUCAGGAAAUGGAAUCUAAGAAGAAGUUUUUGGAAGGAAAACAUCAAAAAACUGUCAACGAGUUGAAAGAUACACAAGAAUUGCUAAAUCAGGAGAAAGAAAAUUUACAAAGAAACGAGAGCUUAUUAAAUAGAGUUAAAGCCAGUUCAGGAACAUUACAAAAACAAUUUGAUGACCUUGUUUCUGAAAAGGAUGAAAUUAAUAGGCAAAAACUAAAAAUUACGCAAAAUCUUGAAAAUGCUAAUCAAACAAUCCAAGGCCUUCAGGAAACUGUCAAAGAACGAGAAGGAACGUUAGAGAAAUUACAUUCAAAGAAUGACCAACUAAUAAAGCAAAUAGCAGAUUUGAACUGCGACAUUUCCAAGGAACAGAGCUCCCAAUCAUUGAUCAAGGAAUCUAAAUUCAAAUUAGAAGGUGAAAUAAAAAGGUUGAAAGAUAUCAUAAACUCGAAAGAGAAAGAAAUAAAAUCCUUCAACGAUAAAUUAAGCUCCUCAGAAGAGGAUCUAGAUAUCAAAUUAGUCACUUUAGAGAAAAAUUGCAACAUUGCGAUGUCAAGGCUUCAAUCUCUGGUGACAGAAAAUUCAGAUUUGCGCUCGAAGAACGAUAGUUUUAAGAAAGAAAAGACAUUAUUGAAUAAUCAACUGAGAAAUAAGGAAAAUGAACUGAUAAAGAUGAAAGAAAAGAUAGAUAACCACAAAAAAGAACUUGCAACAUUUUCCAAGCAAAGAGAUGAAGCAGUUAGUGAACACAGUAAAAUCACCGCUGAACUGAGAGAGACAAGAAUCCAACUUGCUGAGUAUAAAUCUGACUGUCAAAAGAUUAAAGAUGAAUAUUCCAACUUCCAAAAACAAAUGAAGGAGCAAGAGCAAAAGAAAAGGAACAGUUUAGUUGGAUCUUUGAAUGAUAAUAAGGUUAAAGAAUUAGAAACCCGGUUAUCACAGGAAAUAUCCUUAAAUCAAUAUUUGAACAAACGGAUAUCAGGCACUUCAGUAGAAUCACAUAUUUCGUCUACUAGACGUUCCAUAUCAUAUUCCGACGACUCGGUUGAUAAAGAAGAUGUAAUAAAAAAGUAUUACGACCUUCAACUAGCAUUUACGGAGAUAACUAGGAGCUUAGAGAAUGAAAUCGAAGAAAAGAAGAGCUUGAUUUCUAGAUUAAGAUUUACUGAAACAAGGCUAGCAUCCUCGUCAUUUGAAGAUCAAAAGAUUAAAGCUCAAAUGAAGAAAUUGAAAAAAUUAGUUCAGGAUAUAGAUCCUAGCAUUCCGCUGGAUAGCAUUCUGGAGGAGCCACUAAAAAAUACCUCUGGUAGGGAAUCUGAUAUUAACAAAUUAAUGCUGGAAGUCGACUAUUUAAAAAGACAAUUAGAUAUCGAAACAAGAGCUCAUUACGAUGCAGAAAAUGCCAUCUCUGCUUUACAUAGUAAAUUUCGAAAGAUCCAAGGGGAAAAUUCCCUGUCAUCUUCUGACAUUUACAAAUUGAAGUUCGAAGCCAGUGAGGAAAGAGUCAAAUCCUUGGAAGACAAGCUGAAAACUAUGCCUUUGCGUGAUCGAACAAACUUACCUGUCGGAGAUAUCAUAAAGAACCGUGAUAGCAUAUCGAAAUACGAAGAAGAAAUCCGCUAUUAUAAACUUGAAAACUACAAACUUCAGGAAAUAUUAAAUGAGUCAAAUGGGAAAUUGAGCCAACUCACCCUUGACUUAAGGCAAUCGAAAUCCAAAGAGGCCCUACUUAGUGAACAAUUAGACAGAUUACAGAAAGACCUUGAAUCUAUUGAGCGCCAAAAAGAAUUACUAUCGUCCACCAUAAAACAGCAGAAACAACAAUUCGAAAAUUGUAUGGACGAUCUACAAGGGAAUGAACUGCGGCUAAGAGAGCAUAUUCACGCACUAAAACAGGCUGAGGAGGACGUAAAGAAUAUGGCCUCUAUCAUUGAAAAAUUGAAAACUCAAAAUAAGCAAAAGGAAAAGUUGAUCUGGGAGCGUGAAAUGGAAAGAAAUGAUUCAGAAAUGCAAUUACAGGAAACUCUACUGGAGUUAAAGAGAGUUCAAGAUGUAAAGAAGAUUCUGAGUGAUGAUUUGGCCCAUUUGAAGGAGCGAUUGAGCGCGGUAGAUGAUAGAUCUCAAUAUACAGAUGAAAUUAACAGAUUAAAGGAAGAAUUGAACUGCUCUUUGAAGGCUGAAACCAAUUUAAAAAAAGAGUUUGCAACCCUUAAGUACAAACUAGAAACUUCAAAUAAUGAUUAUGAGGCGAAAAUCUCCGAUUUGUUGAAGCAGCUUGAUCAUUAUACAAAAGUGGUGGAAAUGUUGAACAAUGAAAAAGAUGCUAUCUCUCUUGGAGAAAAAGAACUUUACCAAAAAUACGAAGCCCUCGACGCCGAAUGCGAGUCACUAAAAGUUAAGAUAGGGUCUUUGACAAAAAUCAAGCAAGAAUUGGAAUCCGACUUGAAUCAAAAGACUGAUGCACUAGAGUUAUCAAGAGCAGCACUCUCAAGUUCUACACAAAAGAAUAAAGAGAUUUCUGAAAAAAUUAAGUAUUUGGAGGAAACACUACAAUUACAAAUGGAACAGAAUUCAAGGAAUGGGGAGUUAGUCAAAAAAUUGCAGGAUACCUGCAGUGGAUAUAAAGAGAAAUUCGAUGAUGAGAAGCAGAAAAAUAUUGAUUUAUAUGAAGAAAACCAAACUUUACAAAAACUCCAUACCGACUUACAGUCCCAUCUAGAGAACUUGCAAGAUAGAUUAUCAGACACUACCGAAAAAAAUGCAUGGUUAUCUAAGAUCCAUGAAUUAGAAAAUAUGGUAAGCCUAGAAACGGACUUGAAAUAUGAAGAAAUGAAAAAGAACAAGAGUUUGGAGAGAGUAGUGGAGGAGUUACAAACUAAGAACUCUCAACAAACAGAUGUCAUAGAACUAGCUAACAAAAAUAGAAGCGAAUUUGAGGAGGCUACUUUAAAAUACGAGGCUCAAAUCUCUGAAUUAGAGAAGUAUAUAUCUCAACAAGAGCUCGAGAUGAAGAAAUCGAUUAGAGAUAAUUCUUCGUACCACGACAAAGUGCAAGAAAUGGCCCAAGAAAUUGAAUUCUGGAAAAGCCGUUAUGAAUCUACCAUCAUAGGCUCGAAAAAUAUUGAUAGUAACAAUGCGCAGGGUAAAGUUUUUAGUUAA